AUGAGUUCGCAAAUUGGUGCUAUCUCUUCAAUUAAUGCAUUAAUUGGUAAAGCAUUUCAACAACCUAAAGGUGAUUUUGCUGAUAGCUUAAAUUCUCGAUAUACAGUAAGUUUGUUAGCUGUUAGUGCUGGAUUAUUGUUAAGUUCUCAUUUUUGGGGAGAACCAAUUACUUGUUGGACACCAGCACAAUUUACAAAAUCUUGGACAGAUUUUGUUGAAAGAUAUUGUUAUGUACAUGGAACAUAUUUUGUGCCAUUAGAAGAACAAUUAAGUUUUGAUGAAGAUGACAGACAAAAAAUUCCUAUUAAUUAUUAUCAAUGGGUACCAUAUGUACUAGCUUGCCAAUCUCUUUCUUUUUAUCUUCCACGUUUUAUAUGGACAAUGAUGUCAAAAUCUACUGGUUUUGAUUUAACUGGUGCUAUAAGAUAUGUUGAUCGUUUUUGGCAUCAAGUUAGAGAUAAUGAAAGUUCAUUAGAAGGAAGAGUUAAACAAUUUGAAAAUCGUGCAGCUGCAUAUAUAUGGGAUAGUAUAAGAUUAGCUAGAAGAAAAAAAGGUGAACAAAUGGGAUUUCAUUAUAUGUUUUAUGCAGUAUUUCAAGCAGGAAAUGGAUGGAUACAAUGGUUAUGGUUAAAUUCACUUUUACAAUCUACAACUUAUACAUUUUGGGGACCUGGUAUUGUUUUAGAUUUAUUUUCUGGUAAUGAUUGGCAAGUAACUGGACAUUUUCCAAGAAUAACACAUUGUGAUUUUACUCGAAGACGUCCUGCAUCAGUACAAUUAGAUACUGUUUUAUGUGUAUUAACACUUAACAUUUAUUAUGAAAAAUUAAUGAUAUUCCUUUGGUUUUGGUUACUUUUUGUAGCAAUUUAUUCAACAAUUAACGCUAUAACUUGGUGCUUAUCACUUUGUAUAGUAUCAAGAGCUCGAUCAAAUAUUACGAGAUUUUUUUAUGCUCAUGGUAAACAUGGUAAACAAGAAAGAUUCUUUAAAUUACUUGGUAAAGAUGGAUUGUUUGUAAUGCAACAAAUUACAACAAAUGUUGGUGAUUUACCAGCAAGUUAUCUUACGCUUGCAAUGCAAAAUAUUAUAGAAGAUUGGGAUGAUUUAGAUAAUAAUGAUGAAAGUAAUAUGAUACCGAAAACUAAAUAA